AUGUUGCGUCAGAUUAUUGGUGUGGAACCGUCAGAAAGUAACAUACUAUCUGGUGGAAAGCCUGGCCCUCACAAGAUUCAAGGGAUUGGAGUAGGUUUUAUACCAAAGAAUUUAGACCAAGAUGUGAUGGAUGAAGUCAUAGAGAUGAUUGAAAGCAAUGCACCUGGAGACGAUUAUGAUGGAGUGAUAUACUUUCAGUUGACUCAAUUCUUUUUCCCGAUGUUCCAAUUGCGCUUCGAUUUUCUAGCCAUCUUUUGCUUGGUGUGCGAGGCUUUGCUCAAGGUCAAGCAAACAUUUCGCUCUGCUGCUGUUGAUUUACUUCCUGAAGAGUCAAAGGCACCAUAUCACUCCAUCACAUUGCCAGAGACAUUUGAUCUUGAUGAUUUUGAGCUGCCAGAUAAUGACAUUUUACAGAGGUUGGCUCAAUAA